AUGCACAAACUAAAGCUGACUAUCUGUGUUCACGCAGUGAAGCCGGGUCAGUGUCCCGUACCGGAGAUGAUUCCACUGUGUGCUAAAAGCUGUUUCCGUGAUGGCCAGUGUCCUGCCAUGCAGAAAUGUUGCCCAACCACCGGUGGCUUUGCAUGCAGUGAACCACGUGGUCAGGGAAGAGGUCAAGGUCAGGGAAGCGGAGCAGGUCAGGGUCAGGGAAGCGGAGCGGGUCAGGGCGCCGGACAGGGAAGCGGAGCGGGUCAGGGCGCCGGACAGGGAAGCGGAGCGGGUCAGGGAAGCGGAGCUGGUCAGGGAGCCGGACAGGGCCAGGGAAGCGGAGCUGGUCAGGGCGCCGGACAGGGUGCAGGUCAGGGAAGCGGAGCCGGCCAGGGAAGUGGAGCUGGUCAGGGAGCCGGACAGGGUCAGGGAAGCGGAGCUGGUCAGGGAGCCGGACAGGGAAGUGGCGCUGGACAGGGAAGCGGAGCUGGUCAGGGAGCCGGACAGGGUCAGGGAAGCGGAGCUGGUCAGGGCGCCGGACAGGGCAGCGGCUAUGGACAGGGCGCAGGUCAGGGCAGCGGCUAUGGACAGGGACAGGGAAGCGGCGCAGGACAGGGAAGCGGCGCUGGUCAGGGAGCCGGACAGGGUCAGGGAAGCGGAGCUGGUCAGGGCGCCGGACAGGGCAGCGGCUAUGGACAGGGAAGUGGAGCUGGACAGGGAAGCGGCUAUGGACAGGGUGCUGGACAGGGCAGCGGCUAUGGACAGGGUGCUGGACAGGGCAGCGGCUAUGGACAGGGAACUGGACAGGGCAGCGGCUAUGGACAGGGAAGCGGAGCUGGACAGGGCAGCGGCUAUGGACAGGGUGCUGGACAGGGCAGCGGCUAUGGACAGGGCAGCGGCUAUGGACAGGGAAGCGGCUAUGGACAGGGAAGCGGAGCUGGACAGGGCAGCGGCUAUGGACAGGGUGCUGGACAGGGCAGCGGCUAUGGACAGGGCAGCGGCUAUGGACAGGGCAGCGGCUAUGGACAGGGAAGCGGCUAUGGACAGGGUGCUGGACAGGGAAGCGGAGCUGGUCAGGGCGCUUGACAGUGUCAGGGAAGCUGUGCAGGACAGGGAAGCGGUCAAGGGAAUUGUCGGCGAUGUGGCCAAGGUCAAUGUUGAGGUCAGGGAGAUGUUCCUGGGAAUUUUGCAUAAUACUUUCUGGAGAUCUUUUCUAGUGCUUUUAUUCAAAUGGCAUGUUUUCCCUGAUUGCUCAGUUUAGAAAGAUUUUCUGUCUCUACCACUACUACAACCUCCUAAAAUAAAUAAUUGCUUGGUUUGAAG